AUGCGCGAGCGCGCCCUCUGGGCCCCUGAAGCUUGGAGAGCACGCCGGCGGCCAGAGCGCUCCAACCAGGGCAUGUUUCCCAGCGCGGUGGUGCCUUCCACCAUCUGCCUCGUACCCCGCAGCCCGACAUCGGCGCUGCCCCAGAACUUUUUCGAUGGCACAGAGUGGAGGGGGGACUCGAAUGACUCGAAUGACUCGGAAGCCGGAACCUCGCUGCCCUUCAACCGUCUCCCAUCACCAGAUAUCCAGACGCCGCCCUCAACCCCGCAGUCGGCCUCGCCAGAGCACCCUCUCAAGAUGGCUGCCUUCCCUCCUCCUCCCACCGACACCAUUGACUGGGCCAAUGUCGGCUUCCAGGUCCGCGAAGUCAACGGCCACAUCGAGUCCACCUACAGCAAGUCGACCGGCCAGUGGACGCCGCUCAAGUUCGUGGCGUCGCCCUUUAUGCGCAUCCACGGCAUGGCCCCGGCCCUCAACUACGGCCAGCAGGCCUACGAGGGCCUCAAGGCCUUCCGCGGCCCCGGCGACAACACGAUCGCCCUCUUCCGCCCCGACCGCAACGCCCUGCGCCUCCAGCACUCGGCCGACGUCGCCUCGAUGCCCCGCGUCCCCGAGCAGAUCUUCCUCGACGCCUGCCGCGCCGCCGUCGCCCUCAACGCCGCCUUUGUGCCCCCGCACGCCACGGGCGCCGCCAUGUACGUGCGCCCCCAGAUCUACGGCUCGAGCGCCCAGCUCGGCCUCUCGCCGCCCGACGAGUACACCUUUGCCGUCUUCGUCAUCCCGACGGGCGUCUACCACGGCGUCCACCCCGUCAAGCCCCUCAUCCUCGACGAGUUUGACCGCGCCGCCCCCCACGGCACCGGCCACGCCAAGGUCGGCGGCAACUACGCCCCCGUGCUGCGCUGGAGCGACAAGGGCCCGCGCCGAGGCUACGGCAUCACGCUGCACCUCGACUCGGCCCGCCACGAGGAGUCGACGAGUUCAGCACGAGCGGCUUCAUCGGCGCCAAGAAGAGGGCGGCGCCGCCGGCGCCUACACCCUCGUCGUCCCCGACUCGCAGUGCGUCAUCGACUCGGUCACGAGCGACAGCAUCCAGCACAUUGCGCGGUCCCUGGGCUGGGCCGUCGAGAAGCGCGUUCUACCCAGGGCUGGGCCGCUGCUCGUAUUCAUCAGUCCCUCGUACCAUGA